AUCUGUAAAAAUCUACAGUAAUUGUUUUUUACAGUCCUUUGAAUGAGUUGUUACUAUAGAAACGAUAAUGCACUGAGUGCAUUUCAGACGAACAACUGAAAUAAAGUUUGAUUUAUGAGCAGAUGUGUUAAUGCAAUUCUGUCUGGCGCGCGUGGGCGCAUAUUAGAAUGUGUGCACAUGGCAGAGUGGAAUACUAACAGAUACAACACCACCACCAACACCACCACCACCACCACUCCUCACUCCUCUGCAGCCAUCCCUUAUGAUUACCCCGGAUCCAGGAAGUGCUACUUCCGUGCUCCGAGAGUGCGCUUCUCCUCAGCCCGGGUGUAGCGCGUGCGUCGGACCUUUCAAGCGUGUUCGCUCGUGAAGAACCGAAAGGAAACGCAAACCAAUCAGUGAAAAACCGUGAACUCUGUCCGCUCUCCAGUCGCACCUCGACUCUGCCAAGAACAAGCGCGUGAAAAUGUGACGACUGAGCAUGGGAUAUUACAGGACCCGCGCGUGCAUGACAUGACAUGACAUGAUCAUGAUUAUUAUUAUGACAUGUCAAACAAUUCCGUGGAAAAUUAUCCAUGGCCAGGAGGUUGCAUGUAAAAACAUGAAGAAAUGGGAAAUAUUGAACCUCUUGAGCAUCAUGAUAGUGUUUGUCAGGGUUCAGGAUGAGCAGUGGCAGCAGAGAGCUGGAUGACUCAGGAGUGGAAGAGGGGCCCAGGGAAGAGUUGGAGGAGGAUGAUGAGCCCAAAGUGUGCCAAGUGUGUGGAGAUACUGCUACAGGAUACCACUUCAAUGCCAUGACCUGUGAGGGCUGUAAGGGUUUCUUCAGACGGGCCAUGAAGGGUACACCUAACUUCCGCUGUGCAUUUCAGAACAAAUGCAUCAUCACCAAGAGUAACCGACGUCAGUGCCAGUCCUGCCGACUACGGAAAUGCCUCUCAAUUGGCAUGCUGAAGGAGUUGAUCAUGUCAGAUGAGGCUGUGGAGAAACGGAGGAUACUAAUUCGGAGGAAAAGGAUGGCCGAGGAACCUACUGUUCUCACGCAAGAACAAGAAGCCAUCAUUCAGGAGCUGCUCAUGGCUCAAGCAAAAACGUUUGACAUGACCUUCUCUGACUUCAGCCAGUUCCGGCCGCUUGACCGUGACGCUGAGUACAACAAGGAGGCUUCAGUGAGCCACCAGCUUUCUGCUGAGGCUGAGAGAAGGGAGGAAAGGGACGUCAUAGAGAACACCAUCAGGCAAGGCUCCUCUUUCGCCAGCGUGCUCCAAACUGAGGAAGCAGAAAACAGUAAACAAAGAAAAAUCAAGUUCACCAGCCUCCCUCAUAUCACAGACCUCAGUACCUACAUGAUCCAGAACGUCAUCAGCUAUGCCAAGCUCAUCAAAACCUUCAGAGCUCUGACAAUAGAGGACCAGAUCUCAUUGCUGAAAGGUUCUGCGUUUGAGAUCGUCCAAAUGCGCUUCAACAUGCUGUUUAAUGAAAAGACGGGGAUUUGGGAAUGCGGCUCACUGAAGUACUGCAUGAAUGAUGCCCAGCGUGCUGGUUUUCAGCGCCACUUGUUGGACCCUCUCAUGAAGUUCCAUUACACACUGCGCAGGCUGCACUUACAUGAGGAAGAGUAUGUCCUGAUGCAGGCAAUUUCACUCUUCUCACCAGACCGGCCGGGUGUGACACAACACAAAGUGAUUGAUGAGCUUCAGGAGAUAUUCGCUCUCACGCUAAAGACCUACAUCAGUGUGAAGCGGAGCGGCCCAGAGAAACAAUUGCUGUUCCCAAAAAUCAUGGCUUGCCUGACUGAAAUGAGGACUAUGAAUGAGGAACACACUAAACAGGUGCUGCAGAUUCAGGACAUCCAGCCGGAAAUAUCUCCCCUCAUUCUGGAGAUCGUGAGCAGACAGUGCUGACCCUGGCACCAGAGGUCACACCUCAGAACAGGCAACAGAAAGAGCAUCUAAACCCUCACAGCUGAACAUCACAGGCUCGAUUCACACUUUUUCUGUGGAUGUCGUUGGUACAGGUGGAUGAGUGCUAAUGCAGCUAAUGCAGCAUUCUAAUGCAGCUAAUGCCGCAUUCCAGCAGCUUUACCUUGAGUUGGCUCAAACAUUACUCAAGUAUGUUCAUCAUAAAAAGGUACACUCUGAUGAUUUGAGAAAGGAACGUGAGAUGUGACAUCACCAGCGAGUGCCUUUUAUCUAAGUCUUAGUCCAGUGUAACUGAGCAACUCAGAAUGGUCCAUACGGCCAAUGAUAUUAUGACCCAUGUGACCAAUGACCACUAGCCACUUGAGCAAAUCCACACAUGGCAGAAUUACAGGGAAGUGACUGACAAACCUACAAGCUUCAUUUGUAUCAAAUGAAAUAUUCUCUUAACAAUUCCGUAAAGUAGCACCAGACAGAUGCGAAAGAUAUUGGUAGUUACAUAGUCUUGUGAAAGUUUGGCUAAAGGCUGGGUGGGGAUGUAAUGUGGAACAAACUCAUUUCUACAUAAUGUCUACAAGCCAGUCCUUUGCGUCGUGAAGGAGGCACUCAAGGCAGGGCGGAGAUAAACAGUUACAAACAUCAAGCACAUGCUACCAUCAGUGUAACAGGAUGGUUACAAAAUAGUGUCCAUGUCGUGUUUGUGUGUGUAGAAUAGCCUACAUUUGGUAAAAACAAGCCAAAACUGAUUCGGUUAAACAUCCAUUUAAGAUGACUGAAGAUGAUAUUACUCCACCAGACGUUAAUCGCGCACAGACUGCAGGAAAUUGAGGUGGCUUUUAGAAAGCUGUUGAUGCAACAUUGUUAGUGUUAGUUCUCACUGCAGUUCAGUGCCAGGUUUUUAAAAGAUGUGUCUAUUAUUGGCCUUGUGCGAUUACUAUGUGAGGUAACCUGCUUGUAAAACAGAUGGAAUGAGACAACCAUUUUGCACUUAAUCUGAGCAAGAAUGCAAAUAGAAAUUCCACCAGAGAUAUGUAAGGCUGAGAAAAAUAACAUAUAAUGACUCAUAUAUAGUGCAUUUGUUAUGUACUGUUGCUGAGCCGCUUCUAUACAUACUCUACCUCUAAACUCCUCCUAUAAGCCUAACCCUAACCCCUAGUACAUGAGAAGCUGUCAGGAAAUGAAAAAGAAAAAGAAAGAAAAAAAAAAAAAAACACACACACACACACUUCCUCAACCUGAAACACCUAACAAAUUGGGCAUAGCUACAUCUACACUAUAGUCAGUAAUUGUGCAGCUGCAAAGUCACCUAUAUGAUAGUUACUUGAUAACAUGGCCACAUGUAGCUCUGAGGUUGCUGCUACUAAUAAAAUAGCCACUGAAUGUGUAAAUACAUCUCAUAAAUGCUGCUUUAGAUAAAUGAGAUUAUAAAAUAUAAGCUUUUUAGACUAAACGUUAGUCACACCCACCAGUAGCAGUGUUUUAUUGUACAACGUCAAUAGGUUGUGCACCUGGAUAAAUAUAGCUUUGUUUAAAAGCAGAUUAUCACUUUGUUGGCUAGACUCAGGUUUACUUUUACUCAAUCUGAUUGAAGGCUUGUGGGAUUUCUUCAAACAGCUGAAGGAACACCAAACUCUAGGUCACUGUUUUUUAAAAGAGGGGUCCGAGGACAUGAAGCCUAGCCAGGGGUCUGUGAGUUCUGUAAUUUUGUUACAUUUGUGAAAAUCACAGACCACAAAUCAUCUUACAGUUCGGGUAGUAGGGGUGUAUCACAAUCACACUAUCGGUAUCAGUUUAUUACUCCAAAUAUCCGUAUCUGUAUUCAUAUUAAACCAGAUGUGGGCGUGGCCUAAACCAGACUUAAAUUCCAGCACUGUCAGCAUGGUGUGUGAUUUCCAGCUUUGACAGUUCCUCAACUUCAGCUACAUCACUCGAGUUCAUAAUUGGUCUCGUUUAGAGAUACGCGAGACAGGACUGUUUUUUUUUUUUUUUUUUUUUUUUAAAUAUAAAA